AUGUCCGGCAGCAGUGUCGAGCAGGCUUCUGGCCCGCGGCAUCCUCAGCCGUCUCCGUUUGGGCGACAAUCAUCGACACCCUCUUAUAGCCAAUCCGUGAACGAUACCCACCCUUCCUCAUUUGAGGUCUCACCGAUCAUACCGUUCUCCCCCUCCAAUACCUUGGCUACCACCACGUAUCCUCCCUCCCGCCGAUCGGGCUUUGAGUCAAUCAAUUCAAUAUCCUCAAAUCACCUGCAUUCCGGCGGUCAGCCCCAAGACCAGACUGGCCGUGGGUCUCCCGAUCCCGACGACUAUUAUCGACAGAGUCUACCUUUGUCAGCACCACGGGAGGCGGGCGUUGGCAAUGUGACAGCAAGGAGCAUGGUGACAGGCCCCUCUAACCUGAAUGAUAGAGUGUCCGCCCUGCCAGCAAGCGUCGCAUCUAGACGCCCCAUCUAUCGCUCUGUAUCUGAUUCGCCCACCUUGGGAGGAGGAUCCACUGCCCAUGUGUCUUUAGCAGGCUCCUCUACCAGCUCCCGACAACCCUCAUUCAGAGACCUUGUUAACAGGUUCAACAAUACCUCUGAUUCUGUUCUCCCCCUUCCCACCGCAUCUCGACCGACUUCACGCGCCACGAGCCCGACAGGCAGUGACCACGGAUCCGAACACUCUACCAUCUCACGACUUCGUCAAUUGCGCGAAUCAUUACCUCCGAUCUUUGACGCGGGCAGCCCCACGCAGAUUGAGUCAUUGCCAUUAUUACCAUCAUUACCGCAGACUGAAGGGUCGACGAGGCCACUGACAACUAUUCCACCACCGCUCUAUCAACGGAUUCCCGAACCGUAUUCGCGACGACCGUUGUUUGGUGAACUGCUGUCUCUUAAUACGCAGGUGGCUGAUCCGGGUCUUGGAAUACCAGCGCACCUAAGACGACGGGGGUCCGACGGGAGUAUAGCAAGUCCGAAUCCAGGCUCUCUUCGGUCACCCUUGACACCAACAGCUUGGUAUCUUGGGCAGGCCAAUUCACUCGAGGCGGUUCAACCUGGUGGGAGUAAAGGUCUUACUCACCGCAGAUCACGAAGCGACUUUGUGAACCCGUACAGCGAAUCCCUUGCAGACCCGUGGAAUCCUGAGAUGGCGGUUUCAGCGCCCUUGCAGCCGUGGAAGACCGGGGACGGGUCCCCCGAAAGUCCAAAUUCCAGAUCCCGCAUUCCGAUCUCUUCGCACCGCCUAAGCUCUGGUUCCGGCUCGGAGAGUCUUUCCCCAACCGCGAAUGCGACAUUCAGCAGUCGAUCAAGCUCCAUUCCAUUGGCUCCGAAGGGUUCGAGUCGGCUCCCUAAACCAUCUGGCAGUAAUAGUCCCACCCGCACGACGGAAGAUGAUUCCUCUUCGUUUGCGAUGACAGCGCGUGGCCGCCGGGACCAGGCCGUUGGCCGAACCCGUCAUUCGGCAGCAGAUCGAAGUAAGCUCUUACAAGCUUACGUCUCCGCUCCACCCCCCAAAAAGUCGCCGCCAUUACGCAGCUCAAGGCCUCGUCAAACCAUUUCCACUGCUGGUUCAACUUCACCGCGGUCACCACGCUCUCCCGAAAUUGGGAAGAGGGUAUCGUCUUUGCAAAAAGUCGCCGACCGUGGCGCGGAGCGUAGUAAACCGCGCCCGCGCCAACGCCAGUUACCUGAACUGGGUAACGUGGACUUUGCAACUCGUCGGCAGCGCAUUCAGCAAGCAUUCAACCGGACUGUUCAAGAAAAUGAACGAAAAGAAGAGGAGGAAGCCGAAAUUCGACGUCGUACAAGGGUGAUUGUGCCCGCAUCCCCUGAGGACGAGCAGACGACACCGAGUGCGGCUGCCAGCAAUCAUCCACUACCCAUCGAAAUGGCUACAGUUACAGAGGCGGAGAGCACUGUUGAUGACGGCAUAGAGCCUCGUACGGUACCUCAGCUUCAUCUGAAUACCUCUGCUCCAGUUCCGGAAAACAGCGACCCUCAUACGACAAUGGAUUCUCCGACCCUUGGGCUACCGGAUGGUAGUCAACGUGAGCUAUUGGAUAGGCCAAACUCGGCCGGCUCUGACAAUACCCAUAUCGAUCCAGAACCGCAGAUGCAUCUUAUAUCACGCAAGCCUAGUGCGGCCCAAACCCACCGCACUUUGCUGAAUCACAUCAUGCAGAUCCGUGAAUCCAGCUCGAGCAGCAGCGACUCAUGUGAUGAACCCGACUGUAGCUUGUCCGAUAAUGACGACAAAGAGUCGAUUCAGAUUAUGCUUCCUGGGCCGCCCUUAUUCCGAUCUUCUAGCAGCCUGGAUCCCCAAGAGACCAGACAACCUCAGCCACAGCAGCAGUCAACAGUUACCGGUCCAUCUGACCCUAGAUGGAGUAUGAGCUCAUGGUCAUCUUCCGUCCAAAACCAAGAAUCAACCUGUGAUGAACAAUGCGACGAAGACAGCGGGGAUGAUUUGAGUCUCCACAGGCCUAAGCCCGGGACAGAAGAGCCACCGACCGAGCCGUGCUCGGCCGACUCAACACGCCCGGUGUCUUUCGCAGACGAUGAAAAUGAAGACGGUCCACUCCAGGACUUGGGACUCAUGGGCCCAGAUACGCUCCAAACAUCACAAUUACCUACAGCGAACCUUUUCUCUACACCCCCAAGUCUUGCUAAGAGAGGGAAAUGGGACUCUCGACGUGUUACACAGCUAUAUCUGGAAGAAUUGACUAGAGGUAGGGCUCCUGACCAUAGUCUCUCCGCAGCCCGAGCCUUGCCUGGCUUCCUACCAGCACACUCCUCCGCUGGCCUUCCAACUUCUCGCCAACCUCCUGUCACCAGACAGAGGGAGUAUGCAGUGCAACAACAAGAGAAUAUACGUCAAGACAUACGAGUUCCCACCAUGCGAGUUGAGGCACCGAUGGAUAGUUUAACAGACGAGCCAGUGGUAGUGCCCCGAUUCCAGGAUCCUUCCCUCGCCUCUCAUCGACAUUCCAAUGCGGCAAGUCUUAUGGGACCUGGUGACUGGGAGGAUGCUUCUCCGUCCGUUAUGGACUGGAUGCAGAUGGCUGCCCAGGGCGAAGAAGUCACACCUGCCGAUGACAUGCCCGACUACAUGAAUGAUGGCCUUGGACUAUCUAACACUCAGCUUCCAGUUGAUUCGCAAGCUUCCCUUGGACCUCCCGCAGCUCUCCAAAAUAUUCACAGUCAGCCCCAGCCGAACCCCAGCUAUCAGACUCUGCCAAACCACGUUCUUGCAGUAUCUCAUAGUGCAGGAAGCAGUGAAGACUACUCACUCCGACAUGCGGAACCAAUCCACUCCGAUCAAGCUGCAGACUCGUCUGCCACAUCCUUGGCGCCAUCGGCUGAAAAUCCAUUGCGCAUGGAGUCGAAGAAGUCGCCGUCACCAGAGCAGCGACGCCUGAAAAAACGACGUAACGUCAUCAAAGAGCUUGUUGAUACAGAACACACAUUUGGUCGUGAUAUGAAGGUGGUGGAUGAUAUUUAUAAGGGGACGUCAGGAUCCUGUUUGGAUCUCUCUGUGGAAGAUGUUAAGAUCCUUUUCGGCAACUCUGCCGACAUUGUGCAAUUUUCUCAGUCCUUCCAAGAUUCUCUCAAGCAAGCUGCAAGAAGCAUUUACGUCAUGCCAAAGUCUCAGCGCUGGAGCAGUAAACGAAACACAGACCGUCCUGCCGCACAGGCUGUCGAGGAGGAGACGGGGGAUGCGGGAUUCUCGGACCUUGAGAAGGAUCGCGCCACCAGAAUUGGCGAGGCAUUCGUCGCCAGCAUGGCUCAAAUGGAAAGGGUCUAUUCGGAAUACUUGAAGAACUAUGAUUCUGCGAACAAGAAGCUGCAGAUUCUUCAGGGAAAUCCGAAAGUCGAUAUUUGGCUGAAGGAGUGCCGGGAGUGGGCAUCAGAUCUUACCACUGCCUGGGACUUAGAUUCGUUGUUGGUUAAACCAGUGCAACGAAUUCUGAAGUACCCCCUUCUACUGAAUGAGCUUUUGGCUGCAACACCAACUGAUCACCCAGAUCAUGCACAGCUCAUGAAUGCCCACACGGAAGUCACCAACGUUUCUAUAAGAAUCAAUGAGAUGAAAAAGCGUGCCGACGUCGUGGGCCAGGUGGUGGGUCGGAAACGCAACCAGUCUGAUGUUAGAGCAGGCAUAUCUAAGGCUUUCGGUCGUCGCACAGAAAAAUUUCGGCAGCAAGUGGGGAUGUCCGACGUGGUGGAGGACAAGGACUACGAUUCCCUAGCCCAGAGUUUCAAUGACGGGUUCUUCCAAUUACAGGUGGUCAUGCGUGACGUCGAGAUGUACACCCGGGAAACGACACGUGCCAUGGAUCAACUCAAUGAGUAUGCCCUUUCCAUUGAAGGCAUGGUCAAUGUGUCACCCUCACAAUACCAGGACUUCGAGACCAAGUGGCGCCUGUUUAAAAAUUCGAUCCGGGAGAUAGUUACAGUUGCGCUGCCGGAGCAUCUCGCCGUAGUUCGCAGCAGCGUCAUUCAGCCAAUGGUCACGCUGCUAAAGCUGUAUGAAGGGCCCCAGCGUGUCAUGAAGAAGCGAGACAAACGUCUAAUCGAUUAUGGUCGCUACAAAGCUCUCAUUGAUCGUGGCGACAAACCCGAUAGGAAAACCGCGGAACAGGGCGAGCAAUACACCGCCUUGAAUGAAACCUUGAAGGAGGAGUUACCCAGACUCUCUGCGUUGACUGCGAAGCUUAUGGAAGCUUGUCUCAAGAACUUUGUCCAGAUCCAGAUAACCUGGUGGAGUGUCAUGCAGAAGAAAGUCGGAGCUCACGUGGACGCAUUUCCAGAUGCCUUGGAGAAGUUGAUUAGCGAUUGGAGCAGUGACUACGCCCUUUCCGAAGCACAAGUCCUUUCCCUUGGUAUCUGCAACGGGGCUUUGCUGGCUGACACCGUGAAUCUCGUCAACUUCAAUACGCCAUCGGCAGGAAUUGGCGGUAUGAGCUCUCCUCGUCGUCCAUCCAUGAGCUCAACUCGUCGAACAUCCACAGCCAACAGCUCUACUCAUCGUCGCUCGAUCGCAGAAGAUUCACCCAAGGUCUCCCAGGACUUCGGUGGUAUCAGUCAGCUUUUCCAGUCCCCCCGGCUGGAGAGAUCUUCGAGCACCAGCCGGCACCGUGUUGACUCGACCUUCUCCAAUCGAGUGAUCCCCGAGACUCCAGAAACCUCACACAGCCUACAACAUGUUAUGCGCAGUUCCUCUGGUACCGGAGACUCCCAGCACUCCCAGCACUCGGUUGCAUUCGAACCAUUCCCUAGUCUGCCAAGACUCAGCAUCGACGGGCCUUUACUGGCCGAAAUUCUUCGAGCCACCACGUCCAACGGCAGCGGCACCGACUCAUCAGUGGAGCCAGCUAGAUACUCUGGUCUGUUUUCGUCCGCCAUGCCGAUGUCCGAUAAACCCAUCGAGCAUGAACCUCCUCAAGAGUCUGAAGCCCACCCUCCCAAGGAACCUACAGUAUUGUUCCUCGCCGCAAGUCUCUACGAGUUCAAUAUUGACCGUGCUCGGCGCGAGGCAGGAUAUCCCUACCUGACCUACGUUGCGGGUGAAAUAUUCGAUGUCUUCGGCGAGAAGGGUGAAUUGUGGCUUGCUCGCAACCAAGAUGACUCCACCAGCCAAGUUGGCUGGAUUUGGAUGAAACAUUUUGCCAAGCUGUCAUCAUAG